GUAAAAAAAUAGUAAAUAAAAGUAUCGAGUAUUAUUUGCGACUGGAUUAUCAACGAAUUUCAACCUCAAAUCAUAGACAAUUGUCAAAAAUAUUAUUUGUGUUAAUCAAGUUGUAUAAAGGAAAGAAAGUUCAUAAAGACUGAGGACUAAUUCUGGCCUCCUGCAAAUUUUGUCCAAGCUCAUGAAAAUCUAUAUAUCUUGAGAUCAGUUAUAUUCAAUUCGAGUAAUUACACUACUGUACUAAAUAUUUCCGUUUGAGAUGGAAUCACUCAAAUUGAUUAUAACUGACCUGAAGAUAUAGAUUUUCAUGUGUUUGGACAAAAUUUGCAGAGGGUCAGAAUCGGCCCUUGUAAACCUGUUUUCUGAGUCGACUCUUCUCGACUUUAUUUUCCUCUAUGAAUUGCGCACAAGAGAAGCAACAAAAUUGACUUCUUGUAAAAACGUAGGAAUAUUCGGACUUCUCUGUUCCAUCGUUUUAUUUGCGCGCAUAAGUUUUCAGGUAAACAAACAGUGAUACAGCGAUGUAUUUCUUACGAAGGCGAAGGGUAAUCGCCUACUCUGCCAGCGGUGGGAUCGCGAUCUCGCGUGGUCAAGGCGCUACGAGGUCGACCAGGAGAAACAACAAACGAUAAUCGUCGUAGUAUGGCAAGAUCUGCAGGAUCGCCGGUAGUUGAAGAGAAAAGAGGAAACACCACGUGUGCGUGUGCGUUCGCUCGAAGGGGUAAGCACGCCGACCACCGUUGCUACCGUAGGAGGGGCGACUUCGGGUCAAAGGUGGGGUUAAAAUCUGUAGGUAGGGAUGGACCGGAAGAGAUGCGCGUUGGUGACACUGAACGUUAACCGGUGCGAUCGCUUCGAAUAACUAUGAAACGAAAAGAGAAAGAUCGUGGAGGCAUAGAAAAUUCUAUCAUAGCGAUAUAACGUGAUUACAAUAUAGCGGUGGCCGAAGAUGAGAGACAGAUGAAGAGAGAACAAUGACGGACUAGGCGUCUAAACCCAGGUUGCUAUUAACGCAGACUAGACUUUAUAUACGAGACAGAAAUUCGGCGCUAGAGAUCGCGCGGGCAACGAGAUGCGGUGGGAAAGGAGCGCCAUGCGAUUCUGGAAGUAGGGAUGCUGUACGAUAGAAAGAGCUCUGGAGGGGUUGGCUGAAAGGAGUGAGGAGGAGGUACAAGAUGAGAUGGUGUGUAAGAGAUCGCGAGGUAGCGGGAACCUACGUUACGUGGACAAGGAUGCACACGAGUGAAGCGAGAGGAUACGAAUUGUGAACAAACGGCACUGAGAGAGAUGCGUUCGAGACAGGGCAAACCGAGGGAGGAAAGGAGCGAGUGGCAGCGCGAGCACAGGCGUGAGAGAUCGUGCCAAGGGGAGCGAGCGGUGCUAGAGAGCGAGCGAGACAUGGUAGGUGGGGAGUUUGCUCCGGGUGCGGAGGCAAAGAGAGAAGGAACGGAUGGAGGGGAGUAAGAGCGAGCGAGCCGGAGGGAGAGGCGCAGUCAGACAGUCAGGCAGGCCGCCCGGCAAGCAAGGAAGGCAGGCAGGCAGGCAAGCAGGCAGGCAGGCAGGCAGGCAACCAGGCAGGCAGGCAGCCAGGCAAGCAAGCUAGCAGGCAGCCAGUGCACCAGCCAAGACCACUAGAUCCGCUUGGCUUACCGACUUAGAGACUUAAGCCGGCAGGCAGUCCGAAAGGCUCAACCGGCUAAGCCUGGCGGACCCACCUACCAACCGACUUACGCGGCGCUAGCCACUACGACGCGUUUCAUCUACCGGUGGGAAAAUCAGGAUACACCGCUGCGACCGACGGUACCGCCGCCGCCUUCUUAUAUUUUCCUCUAUCGCCGUGUCCCGCUCCGCGCUUCUCCUCUCUGACGUACGUUAAGGGCGGAGGUGCGAGUAGUGACGAGUGCCGCGCGGUCAUCAUCAUCGACGCGCUCGUGCCGACGACGACGGCGACGACGGCGACGUCGACGUCGUUGCCCGCGGCCGCGCCGUCCGACGACGGUCGCGGGUAGGAGACCGUCUCGCCGUUCUCGCGUCUGUAAAUCGUAUGUAAACAAUCACGCAGUGCAUUUCCGGAGUGGAGGACGAGAAUUCGGAAGUGGUGAUAAUAACAGAUCGUGGUGUCUCGUGGAGAUACAGCCUUCUAAUUUUUACCGGCGUAUAACUCUGAUCAGUGACAGAAGCCGCGGUGAAUGUCGGCUCUUGGUGAACACCGCGCCGAAGAGAGUGGGUGAAGUGGUGAUAGUCAACGUAGUGCUAGAUACACGCAGGGAACGUUGAUUACGUCUGUACCGUUUUAAUGUAGUGAUUACGAAUCGCAAACAAAUCUCCUACGAACCCUUCACGGAGAACGUAAAAACGCGAAGAAGAAUCGCGACGAAUCAUGAAUAUUCGAUUCUUUCGAAGUGAGAGAAAAACAUAGCGGAAGUCCAAAAGAUAAAAACAGUGGAGGAACAAGAGGUAGAGUAGAUGAGUUCACCUACCUCAGACGGAAAGUGUUUAUAAGGAUGAUAGUGCUGAUAGUUUAACCUACUUAAGACGACAUAUUUUAUAACUCUUCUUGUUUUUUUUGUCCUUACGUAACACGGCGGCAUUGAACGGUUAUCUAAUUUAUCAAGCCUUCGUGUCAGCGCGCGCAUCGUCCACGUGAGUCCCGCGCUGUUUUUCGGUGUCUUAACGUGAACGCGCGACCGUCCACGUACUCCCGUCGGUCCACCUCGGUAGCCACCAGCGCGCGAUGUCGCGCGUAUGCGCUUAUCUUGUUGCCGACGCUAAAGAGAAUCGAAGCGCCAGCGGAAAAGUGCCGACGGUAUGAUAAACGCGCUGUAAUCGUCUCUGAUAAAAUCAGCAUAAUUUCCUUAGAAAUCUAUGUCGAAAGAAUCCACCGAUCACCCGGUUAUUAACUACAUCGACGAUCGUCGCGCAUCAUCGUGUUCACGAGCGAGAGAAACUUGGAUGAUACUCGGUACAUUUAAAUUCUCGUGACGAGUAUUCGCGAAAGAAACAAAUCGUUUGAUCCUACCGGCUGAUAAUUGCCUUUAAAUAACUGUCACGCGGAUUCUCGUUGACGUAGUCCAAUCUGCGAGACAAGAAGAACGCUUGAAUGUGUCCUUAGAAGAAGGCAGCGAACAAACCGGCGUUGAUUCGCGGCCUCUCGCGGGCCAGGUUGAUCGUGUCACCGAGUCGUAAGGAACAGUCAACACGACGUUAACCUUCUACAGUAUGGAGCGGGGCGGCGGGGCCGGGGGGAGCCUCGAACUCUCCGCGGGCGGCGGCGGUGGCGGCGGAGGCGGCGGCGGUGGCGGCGGCAACGCGGAUUUGUGUCUGCAGGACCUCGUGAUCGGGCCGACGAGCGGCCUCUCGGUGCAACAUCAUCAGCACACGACCGCCGCGAUGACCAGCCUACACAGCGACCAUCUUCAGGGCGCGAUGCACCAUCACGAUAUCCACGGUAAUUCGCAUCACGACACCUCGAUGCUGCACAACUCCAGCCAUCAGCUGCACCACGAGCCGUUGGAGAAACUUAAACGUGUCUGGGCACAGAGUGACUUCGGGGACGAAACCAACGGGGGUCUCGCGAGGCUCGACGCGGGUCAUGGCGCUCACACUCCCGGUGGUAGCAAUCCUAGUACACCGGGGGCGACCCCCACGACACCCUCCGGUGGAUACUCUACUGGUCAGCCCAGGAACCGAACGAACGCAACUCACAGGCCAGACAUUCGGAAAGGUGUACGAACACCACCAGAAGUCAAACACGAAUUGGGUGCUGCUGGUGGCGUUGUUUCUCCUGGAGUUGGAGUCAACGAUACUGACGAUAAGGACGGUAAAAAGAACAAAAGGCAAAGGCGACAGAGGACACACUUCACGCAGCAUCAACUUCAGAAUCUGGAGAUGACGUUUAUGAGAAAUCGCUAUCCAGAUAUGUCAACCAGAGAAGAGAUAGCUUGCUGUACGAAUCUUACGGAAGCUCGAGUCAGGGUCUGGUUCAAGAACAGGCGAGCGAAAUGGCGGAAGAAGGAGCGAAACGCGAUGAACGCCGCCGCGCAGGCCGCGGCGGAUUUCAAGUCCGGCUUCAGUACAGCCAGUCUGAACGGCUUUAUCACCCAACCGUUCCCGGACCCCGACACCCUCUACAGCUCGUACAGUACGUACAACAACUGGGCAGCCAAGGUGCCAUCGCCGUUGAGCGGUAAGAGCUUUCCCUGGAUGAACACUCUAGGCUCAGUCGUGCCUGCGGCAACGCAUCAUCACCAUCACGCUCAGGUCAGCCCAGUGAAUCCCUUUAACGCCGCAGCGACGUCGGUCGCGGGCAGUCACGUGGGUGGCAUGUCGGUUUCGGUCGGGCAAGCGGCCACAUCUAUGCUACCGGGCAUGGGUUCCGGUCUCGGUGUCGCGAGCUCGCCGGUCGCUGCGUCUGGCGCGGCGUGUCCGUACGCGGCACCGGCGGCACCGCACCAUCCAUAUGGACCGCCAGUCUAUACGCCCCACCAUCGAUCGCCCGAAUCCUGCACAGUGAUGACAUCGAGUAGCAUCGCUUCCCUACGAAUGAAGGCGAAACAGCACAGCAGCGGUUACGGCGGCGGUGGUGGCGGUUCUUUCAGCGCAGGCGGUACCACAGGCGGCACCACAGCCGGAAGUAUAAGUCCCGUAAGCUCGAGAGCGUCUUCCGUAGGCGGUGGCGGAGGUGGCGGCGGUCUGAGCGCCUGUCAGUACGCGUUGACAACAGCGGCCGGAGCGAACCCUCAUUCCCCAGGUGGCCCCGAGGCACACGCCAACGCCACUGCCAGGGCCCAGGUCUGAGGCGAAGCGGGGGCUACGUCUAGCC